GAAAUCCCUGAGCUAGUCACUGGUCAGAGUGGAGGGGCGGGACUCCGUACCCGCGCUGGGGCCCCAGCUCCGCGCGGCCUGGUCACACUCAGGGGCAGUCUUUGCUCCCCCUCCCCCUGUGUUUUCCGGGGGCCUGCGUAGGCCCGGCUCCCGUCCAUGGAAGGCGGAAACGGCUGCGGGGUCCGGCUCCUCGCGAAGGGGUCUAAUCCUCGCGGCCAUGUCCCGGGUCUUCGAGCUGCAGCCGCAGGACGGCGGCCCCCGGGUGGCCCUGGCGCCGGGGGAGACGGUGGUCGGCCGCGGGCCGCUGCUGGGAAUAACAGAUAAGAGAGUGUCCAGAAGACAUGCCAUUCUUGAAGUGGUGGGUGGUCAGCUUCGAAUCAAACCGAUACAUACAAAUCCGUGCUUUUAUCAGUCUUCUGAGAAGAGCCAGCUCUUACCAUUGAAGACAAAUCUAUGGCACUGGUUGAAUCCUGGAGAUAGUUUCUCUUUAUUAGUUGACAAAUACAUUUUUCGUGUUUUGUCUACACAUUCUGAAAUGGAAGUGGAACGUACUUUAAGAAACAGUCAAAUACUUGAUGAAGAUGAUAUAUUGAAUGAAACGCCAAAAUCUUCCUCGAUUGAUUUGCCUGAUGAGACACCUGAUGCCCCACAGCUGGAAAGAAGCACAGAAAUAGGAAAGACCCCGACCGCUGCAAAUAGUGUGUCUUUCCUAGAUGAAAGUAGAGACUUGAGUAAGCAACAGCCAAACCCUUCCCAGAGGAAAAGAAUCCUUCCAGCGUGGAUGUUAACAGAAAAUCUAAGUGAUCAGAACCUUUCAUUACCAGUCAUCAGUGGAGAUAAUAAUGUAAUCCGAGAAAGUGGAAAAGAAGGAAUCUGCAAAGACAAAACCCAAGUAAACAUCACACAGCAAGGAAGAAAGCGAUUAAUUUCAUCAGGAAGUACAGAAAGUAUAUCAGCAGAGCAAGACACAGGAAAAAAGUGCAAAAAUGCUGACCAGGAAGAGUCUAUCAUUUCAUCCAAGGAAAUGUCACAGUCAUUUUCUGCAAUCACGUUAGAUAACACAGAAGUAAAUAACAUGAAGACUAAUGCACAGAGAAAUGAAAUCCCAGUAGAGGAACUUGAUAAGGUUCCUGAACAUAAAAUCACCACUAAGGGAACACCAGAUAAAGACAGCAAGGCGAGGAGUUGUUCUGAGAGUUGUUUGAGUGCCCAAGGCAAGUCCUUCCAUGACGAGCCUGAAAGAUCUCAUCCUGAGUCUGGCUCUGAUCCCUCCAAUCCUGAAACUUUGCAUGCAAAGGCAGCUGAUUCAGUUCCACAGGGUUCUGAAGAAAACAAGGUCAAGAGGACAUCCUGCAUGUAUGGGGCAAACUGCUACAGGAAGAAUCCUGUCCAUUUUCAACACUUCAGUCACCCUGGUGAUAGUGAUUAUGGAGGUGUACACAUCACGUGUCAAGGUGAGGCUGAUGACCGGCCCGAAUGUCCCUAUGGAGCAUCUUGUUAUAGGAAGAAUCCCCAGCACAAGAUAGAAUAUAGACAUAGUACAUUUCCAGAUCUAUCCCAAAGGAAUUAAAAACGGGUCCACGUAAAAACUUGUACACAAUGUCCAUAGACGCAUUAUUCGUAAUAGUCAAAAAGUGGAGACACCUAAAUAUCCAUUAGCUGAUGAAUGGAUAAACAAAAUGUGGUCUUCCUCUACAACCAAAUAUUUUUUGGCCAUAAAAAAGAACUGAAGGAUUGAAACAUGCUACAGCAUGGAUAAACCUUGGAAACCUUAUGGUAAGUGAAAGAAGACAGAUACAAAGGGCCACAGAUUGUAUAAACUCUUUUAUAUGAAAUAUCCAAAAUAGGCAAAUCCAUAGAGACAGAAAGUAGAUCAGUGGUUGCCAGGGUCUAGAGGAGGGAGGGGGCUAGGACGUGACUCCUAAUGCAUAGAAGACUUUCUUUAUGAAUUGAUAAAAAUAUCCUAAAAUUAGUGGUGAUGAUGCAAAAUUCUGUAAAUGUACUAAAACCCACUGAAUUAUACACUUUCUAAGGGGGAAUUUUAUGGCAUAUGAAUUAUAUAUCUCAAUAAGGGUAUUAUAAAAAAAAGAAUGCAAGAGGUGACACUCGUCUUUUAGAAAGAAAAAAAAGCAUUCAAUAUCAGAAUAUAUUCUUCCUGGAAGUAGAGUAAUAUGAUAACUCCUGGUAGCUGUUUUUUAAGGAUAGUUUGAUGUGCCUUUCAAAAUCAUCCUGAAGACACUUUUGAGUAUAACAAAUGUAUAAAUAUGUAACUCAAUUGACUAAAGUGUAAGAAAAAUUUGCCACUUGUAAUUGGACUAUAUUUAAGUCUGUGAUUCUCAAAAUAGAGGGAAAACUGAUGACAUUUGUGGGCUCAAAAGCAAUAUUAACAAAAACUUGAUUCUUUAAUUAAUUGCUGUCCUGAACGUGGAAAAGAGCCAACUCUCCCUAUCGUGGUGUUCAUGGAAUUUAAACUAUAUCCCAGCCUCCUCCUUCAAGCUAAAAAUGAUCACAUAUACAUUUCUCACCUGCAUGUUUAAUUCUAAAAGCAGAUAUUUUUUGUUGACUUCUUGAAGGGAGGUGGGUUUUCUGGGACCUUGGGAAGCUGGAGAGAUGAAGAUUUUUCAGUGACACAUGGGCGCUGAUUCUGCUUUUCUCCCAGGUUGAGGAUGGCUUUGUUGAUACUGUUGGUUUCUAGAACUAGACGAUCCUAGUGGUUGUAAACAUUCAUUGUAAUGAAAGCAAAUAGAUUGUGAGCAUAAUUUUUCCAGAACGGCGAUAUAAAGCUGACAAUAAAUGGAUAGUGACUUUCUUCUGAUUUAUCUAUGCAGAGUUCAGUGUCACCAACACACCCCAUGGAGGCGGAAACCACACGCCAGCAUGCUAUAUCCAAUCCUGCUCUGUGUGACCACCUUGUUCCAAUUAAUUUCUCUUUCAUGUGUGUGUAUGUGUGUUUGGUUUCUUCCUGCCAAUCUGCAAACCUAACUUAUGAAGCUGCUCCUCUACAGUAGGUAUUGAAAGAAAAAUGAUAAAGAGUAAUUAUUGCUGAGAUUGUUACCGGCCAUCUUGAUAUAAUAUACAUAAUAAACUUGAUUAUCGUAAACAACCACAGUUGUACUCUGUUGUGCCCAAGACCCUGUCUUAGGUGCUGGUGAUUCAAAGAAGAAUAACACAGAGUUUCUGUUUUCAAUGUCCUUACAGUCUAUUGGGGAAGAUAGGAUAUUUAUUCAUUCAGUAACGGUGACUACCGAACACUGUGGCGAAUACAAGGAAGAAAAGGACAUGGGGUCUACAGUCAGAGAACUCACAAAGGCAGUGAGGCAAGUAUGCAAAUAGCAUAAUGGGUAGAAAUGAAAUAGUCCAAGAAAGGAAUGCUGGAGUAUGAUUUAAAUGUCCUGUCUUGCUGCAUAUUGAAAUACAGUCUCAUUCUUGAGGAAGAGCCCUUGUCUGAUUUGAGUUACAAUCUGAACUAGCAAAUUUUUUUCAUGGGAUACAAUUUUUAUCUUCAAGAGUGACUGGCAGACAUACUGUGGUUAUUCAAAUUUGAGUAUGUGGCAGACAGUUCCUCAAAAAUGAACCUAGCCUAUUUUUUCAAGGAAAGCAACCAACAGUAUAUGUUGUAAUUGUAAAAAUUGAGCUUUCAAAGAAAAAAUUAGAAUUUUAGAAAACUUGUGUAUGUUGCUGUGAGCUUGAUAGCUUCCCAGAGCUUUUAAAACUCUUCUGAUGAUACUGACGGUGACAUAAUACAAUGAAAUGUGUCCACAUUUAGGAGAUCUACAAAACUGAGCAAGCCAUUAUUUUACAAAUGACCAAUGUAUGUUAUAAAAUCAGGCAUGGAUAAAAGAUACAUUCAAGGCAUAAGAUAGACCAAUGAAACUUAGUGUAACAGAGUCUGUAAAGUUCAUUAAUAUGAUUUCAGGUUACACAUUGCACCUAACAUCUCAGAAGCUGCUAUCUGUCUGUUUUGGGUGACAUUUUGAAAAUAAUAUUCACAAUUAUCUGAAAAGGCUAUUAAAAUACUUCCUUUUCUAAGUAUAUAUCUGUAUAAGGCCUAAUUUUCUCUGUAUACUUUGAGCAAAACAACAAACGAGAGCAAACAUGAGAAUCU